CCACUGUUAAGCACACAUGUGCCUGCAAAGCUGAGCAUGGAUGACUCUUUCAAUUUCUCGCAAAACUGGGCUCUCUUGCCUUCGCUCUCUCACGUUCUGGCGAGAUCUGCCUCUCUGGCGCUUUGUUCUCUGCCCACCCGCAAACUUGCGGUUAAUAAAAAAAACAACGAUGGGGGCGGGCGUCGUCGUCUGCGGUCGCUGCUCUUCUCUCUGGCUCCGGCGACCACAUGAUAAAAGGCCAUCGAGUUGCGCCGCUGCCAACGUCGCUGCCUUCGUGGGGCCCGCCGCCGUCGACGUCGCAUCAGUUGAAAGCGUCGCUUUGUGGAGCUAGCCAGCGUUUUUAUUUAUAUAUUUUUUGUAUUUUCUAUUUGUAAUUCGCAAUUCGGAAAUCGCAAUUCGUAAUCCGCGGUUUUUACCUUUCGCCACAAGAGCUUGCCGCUCUCUCUCUUCUCGCUCUGCCGCUCUCUAGUGCUCUCUAUCGCAGAUUCGCUGUGCUGCUUAUUCGUGCUCUGCUUCUUCUGCGGCUUGUUCGGCGUGGCUGUUCUGCUUCUUCGUAAUCGUCUCUUUCAUUUGUUGUUGACGUCGCGUUGUUUUUGCCCUGCAUUUUUGUAAUAUUUAUACCGAUCUUAACCUUUUUUAUGGUUCUGUUUUAUUUUUUUUGUAGUUGUUUCAAAUAUGUGAUAUAAUUUGUUAAGUAUUUAUUUAUAAAACGCGGCGAGAUUGCUGCACGAAAAGGAGAGCAACAGCAACAAAAAGCAUAGAGGAAAGCAACAACACGCAAAACCGCAAAAACCACCACAAAAAUAAGCGUCAACAAUCGGAGGCGAAAGGAGCUGCAAAGAGGAAAAUGAGAACACGAGCAGAGAAGAACGAAACUUAAAAUUCAAAGCGAAGGAGGAAUAACGAUAAAAGACAAAAGGCACAAGCAAUAACAACAAACCAAAGCAAAUAAUUGGCAAAAAAAUUAUCUAGCAACUACAAAUAAUUAUCAAGCAAUAAACCCUCGCAGACAAAUACUAAAUUUUACAGAAAUUAAAAAAAAAAAAAUUACAUAUAAUAUUCAACGCCAAAAAAUAUACAAAAUAUGCAUAGAUAGGUUUUAACUAUUUUUUUUAUAUACAAAAUUAAACGACAAUGAAAUGGAAACUUAAAAAAUAAUUAUGCAAAGCACGAACAUUUUGGAGCCGAAUUUAAAAGUUUAAAACUUAAAACAAUAUAAAAUCAUCAGCAAUAAAGAAACAAAAACCUCGAAACAAAAGAACCAAAUAAAGGAUUCUCCGAAAAAGGAUAUUAUAUUCCCGGAAACAAACACAAUGAAAGCUUAAAGAUCUGGUGAGAACCUUGAAAAUAAUUCAUAACAAGAAGUACGAAACAAAUACAAGAACAAUGACUGGAUAACCACCACAUAAGUAUAAGCAAAAAGUAAAUUUUUUUUAACAAAGACAACUACAGGAUCCUCUUGGAAAUUACUGUCUGAAAGCUGGCUAACGAAUAUUGAAAGAAAACAGAAGAUCUCUGAGGAAAUCCAAGAUUUUAGCUCCAAAGCUCAGUGCGAGUGUGAUCUACAGGGACACACAGUCGGGAGCAAGUGCAAACCUCUUAAUAAACGCAGCAAAAAACAGCCUCAAAAUCGGCGAUUUAAUAAUUCUGCACACUCCGUAUCCACACUACUCCUGUCCCGCAUCCUUGCAGCCCCCAGAAAUGGUGUACUCGACGAACAUCCUGCUGGCCAUAGUCACGAUCCUGACGGCGGUGUUCAUAUGGUCGCGCCGCACUUACGUUUAUUGGCAGCGACGUCGCGUAAAGUUCGUCCAGCCGACGCACUUGCUCGGCAACCUGACCCGCGUCCUGCGCCUGGAGGAGUCCUUUGCCCUGCAGCUGCGUCGCUUCUAUUUCGACGAGCGCUUCCGUAACGAGCCAGUAGUGGGUAUUUACCUGUUCCACCAACCGGCCUUGCUUAUCCGGGACCUUGAACUGGUACGCACCGUUCUUGUCGAGGACUUUGUCAGCUUCUCGAACAGGUUCGCCAAGUGCGACGGCCGGAGCGACAAGAUGGGCGCCCUAUCCCUCUUCCUGGCCAAGCAGCCAGAGUGGCGCGAGAUCCGCACCCGGUUGGCACCCGCCUUUGCCGGCGCCAAGCUCAAACAGAUGUUCUCGCUUAUGGAGGAGAUUGGAUGCGAUUUGGAGUGGUAUCUGAAGCGUCUGACUCGCGAUCUUCGACGCGGAGACGCCGAGCGCGGGGCAAUCGUGAGCAUCAAGGAUGUGUGUGAUCUAUAUAACACGGAUAUGAUCGCUAGCAUCGCCUUCGGUUUGAGAUCGUAUAGCUUGCGGAAUACGCAGUCUGAAAUUGGUUCACACUGUCAGGACCUAUUUCGGCCAAACAUGAGAAGGAUAAUCGAUUUGUUUGUGAUUUUUUACCUGCCCAAAUUGGUUCCUCUGCUGAGGCCCAAACUUUUUACGGAACCGCAUGCGGAAUUCCUGCGCCGAGUGAUCCAGCUGGUGAUCGAGGAGCGAGAGCGCGGCGGUGAUCUGCGCAACGAUCUCAUCGAGAUGCUGCUGACCCUUAAGAAGGAGGCGGAUCUGCAGCAAGACAAGUCGCACUUCACGCAUCACCGCGACUUUCUGGCCGCUCAGGCGGCUUCCUUUGAGUUGGCUGGCAUCGAGACCUGUUCUUCCAGCAUGUCCUUUGCCCUCUACGAGCUGGCCAAGCAGCCGCUUAUGCAGUCCCGCCUGCGUCGCGAGAUUCGUGAGGCCUUCGGGGAAAACGCCAACGGUAAACUGUCCUAUGAAGUGAUUGCCCGGAUGCAGUUCCUGGACAUGGUCGUGGAGGAGACGCUGCGCAAGUAUCCCAUCGUACCGCUGCUGGAAAGGGAGUGUACACCGAUCAACAAGAAGCGCUUCUAUUCACUGAGGCCCCAUGCCGAGUGCUAUGCCCGCCGGGGAAUGCCGGUCUUCAUAUCCAAUCUGGCCAUUCAUCACGAUCCAAAAUACUGGCCAGAUCCGGAACGCUUCGACCCGGAGCGCUUCAAUGCAGUGAAUAAGGCUCUUCAUGCGCCCAUGUCUUACCUGCCCUUUGGGGCGGGUCCCCACAACUGCAUCGGUAUGCAGAUAGGCCUGCUUCAGAUUAAGCUUGGCCUGAUCUACUUUCUGCACCAGCAUCGCGUGGAGAUCUGCGAUCGCACCGUGGAGCGUAUACGCUUUGACGCCAAGUUCGCGCUGCUGGCCAGCGAGCAACGCAUUUACCUCAAGGUCGACUGUUUAUAGCCAUCCAUAAUCCGCCAUCCGAUAUUCGAUAUUCGAUAUCUGGUAUCAGCAGCAUUAUUUUACUAAGCGGGAGCAGAGCCCCGUCGUCAUCGAUUUGUAAAUACUUGGGCCUGCCUCAAAAAUAAACUUUGCUACGUUCUUUUUUUUUCUAAAU